GGGCUCUGCCCGGAGGAGGUGGAGAAGUUCCGCCCCCCGGAUCUCCGGCUUCCGGCAACUCGGCUGGACCUGAACCUGCCUGGUACUACUGAGGUUGGAGUCUCCCCCCGACCAGCUGGACGCCGAGCCCCUCGAGAUGAGAAAACUGAGGCCCCGAGGAGCCUGCAGUCAUACAGCGAGGACAAGCAGAAUCGGGAAUCAAACCCAGACCCCUGCAAAAUUUCUUCUUAAUAAUUGGGAGAAGACCCGCUGGCUGGAUGGCAGCUGUAGGUGAUUUGCAGUUUGAAGAAUUUGGUAACACGGCCGCUACUGCAGCAGAAAACCCAGGUGCCACUACGAUAAGUAUCGAGGGUCCUGGUGAAAGCCCGACGCAUCAAGCAGGACUCCCAAGAGGCUCCGGGGGAGAAGAGGAUGAUGAGUUGCUGGGAAACGAUGACUCUGACAAAACUGAGUUACUUGCUGGCCAGAAGAAAAGCUCUCCCUUCUGGACAUUUGAAUACUAUCAAACAUUCUUUGACGUAGACACUUACCAGGUCUUUGACAGAAUAAAGGGGUCCCUUUUGCCAAUACCAGGAAAAAACUUUGUGAGGUUAUAUAUCCGCAGCAAUCCAGAUCUUUACGGCCCCUUUUGGAUAUGCGCCACAUUGGUCUUUGCCAUAGCAAUUAGUGGGAAUCUUUCCAACUUCUUAAUCCAUCUGGGAGAGAAGACAUACCAUUAUGUGCCCGAAUUCCGAAAAGUGUCCAUAGCGGCCACGAUCAUCUAUGCCUAUGCUUGGCUGGUUCCUCUCGCACUCUGGGGUUUCCUCAUGUGGAGAAACAGCAAAGUUAUGAACAUCGUUUCCUACUCGUUUUUGGAGAUUGUGUGCGUCUAUGGAUAUUCGCUCUUCAUUUAUAUCCCCACAGCAGUGCUGUGGAUUAUCCCCCAGAAAGCUGUUCGUUGGAUUCUAGUCAUGAUUGCCCUGGGUGUCUCAGGCUCUGUCUUGGCAAUGACAUUUUGGCCAGCUGUUCGUGAGGAUAACCGGCGCAUCGCACUGGCCACAAUUGUGACAAUUGUGUUGCUUCACACGCUGCUUUCUGUGGGCUGCUUGGUAUGGUCUCAUUCCUGUGAUCUUCCUGUGUGCCUCAGAUACAAAGGCCGAAAGACCUCAACCUGUUACUCACAACGGACGGGUCUUUUAAGACGGGCUCCAUAAAAUUAAUAUUGUUUUGAAUAGACUGUCCUAAAUGAGAAGCGGUAAAUUGAUGAGAAUUUGAUGGUAAUCUCUGGCUUUACCUAAUUUCUGAAACUUGGUAAGAUUUGGAGUCUGGCCAGAGGAAGUCGGGGUGGAUGAGUGUCUGUAAGAGGUUGGGGGGUGGGGGGGGGGGAAUGUUCAACCUUUGGAUGUCUUUGCAGGUUUUCUGCACAUACCUAGAAAGAGUUUUGAAAUUUCCAGUUUCAUAGGUGGAAAGUCUGAGCAUGAAAUCAAAUUAGGAGAGGGGAGAUAUUUUUAAGGUGAAUAACAUUUAAAAGAGGUUUUGGGUUCGUGUAUUUGGGUGUCUUUUUAGGGAGAGCAUGUGGUUUUCAGGCAGGUCCAGAUUGAAGACCAGCUGUGUCACUCACUGGCUGUGUGAGCUGGGCCAUGGUACCUACCUUCUCUGAAUCUGAACGGCUUAAUCGGUAACAUGGGCAUAAAAUUUCCUGCCACCUAGGGUUGUAUUGAGGAUAAAAUAAAAUAAUACAUAUAAAACAGUUAAUAUAGAACUUGUCCCACAAAUGCCCAUAAGUUAGGUCCCUUUCCCUUGGUCCUAAGGAAACACGGUUUUAUAUCUUUUGUGCACAUUGUACAAACCACGGUUUUAUAUCUUUUGUGCACAUUGUACACAAAAAUUGCUGCCCAUGGCCUUAACAAGGCCUGAAGCAGGUUUUUAAAGAACACCGAGUCCAAGAAUGUUAAGGUCACUAAUGAAGGAAAGAAUGUGCCCACAGGAAGAUACCCAUAUUGCAUGUGUCCAGACCCUUGGCCGGGUUUUACAGUUGUGGGAGUAAAUAUUUCUUUGGCACCAUUUGAUCUGUGAUAGUUUUGUGUAGACAACCUGGGUCAUUAAUAAGAUCCCGAUACUUGAUCAUUGAACAAAGUCUCAUACAAAGUGCCAAGUUCUGAAACACGGACCUGGUUUACGUGCAGUUUACAUGUCUAAGCUUUAAAUUUUUGAGACGGAGGACUAUUGGUCUGACUCAUGGCAGAGUGACACCAUUGAUUUCGGGGACUUGGAGUCCCUGGGCUGACCCAUUGUUACAAUGGGUAACGCUGCUGAGGCCUUUCUUGACCUUUCUGUCUGCGGAGGAAGAAUGUCGUUUCUCGCCGUAGCCCUCUCACUGGUGUCUCCCCACGUCUCUCUUGAAAAUUUCCCCGCAUAUACCUAGUUGAGUUGGUGGAGAGAAGAAGGCAAGAGAAGAAGCACUGCCUUGUUCAGUUCUGUAAAGAAUAGAGAGGAGCGUGGCAGAUUAGACGAUGGGGCAGGGAGGUGGUGGUCAUGGUAAUAUUACUGAGAACCUAUUUCCUUUGGUGUGGGUGGCAGGGUCUUUUACCUCCCAUGCCUGUUACUCCCUUUUGGGGGUAAAUGACACUGAAGUUAGGAUUUACCUGCCCGUCCUGCUGCUCCGGAACUUGCUGGAAGACAGCAUUAUAAUGAAAUAAAAAGAGCCCUGGACUGGGCUUAGCUUUGUGAGCCUAGGCGAGUGACUUCGUUCUCAGAGCCCUGGCUUCCUCCUCUAUCAUGGAGAUUCAUAUUUUGUGGGCUCUUGUGAGACUCAGUGAGCUGGCCGUGAGAGCCCUUCAUGUGUCGUGAAGGGUUCUUCAGGUGUAAAGAAGGUACUAAGAGAGCCCUGUGUGAUCUGAAGCUGCCAAGGCCACUCUGCUACCUCUUCCUCCUGAGUGCCCCAGUGAGAGUGGUCCAAGGUCACACAGCUCGAAAGACAGGGCCCUUUCAUUGGUGCCUCUCACUGGCAUCUUACCACCUCUCUCCAGAAUGCCUUUUCCAUCAUACACCUGGCUGGGAAGUUGGAGGAGAGAAGGAGACAGGAGAGAAGGCUUCUUGUUCACUUCUUAGGGAGUCCAAGGAGCCAGGCACGUUGGAUGAUGGAGCAGGGAGGGAACUGCAGGUGUAGACCCCCUCUUGGAGGGAGGUGCAGUUUUCUCCUCCUCGUGGAAGGGAACCAUCCCAUGAUCAGGGGUUUAGCCAGGGGCCCUCUGUGCCUGGGGUUUUGCUCUCCAUGCUGGAGAAGGCCUCCUCUUAUCUCUUCUGGAGAUGUACAGUACAAGAGGUUGGAGCAGAAGUUAGGAGAUGGGGUCUGGUCCCAGCUCCUUCGCUCCCUGCUUUGGUUAUUUCCCCUCUCUGGCCCCUACCUCCUCACUUAGAAAACGGAGCUGCAGGAACAUCUUUACUUUUGUAAGGACUGAAUGAUACAUGCAACAUGAACAAUACAAGCCAUGCAAACAGCAGAUAUUAUUAUUAGUGGAAGGGCAGAAGGGAGAAGAAUUGGCAGGGGAGGGGCACUGGCUGACCCACACAGCUUGGCUUCUCACUGCCCCAGGGAGCGCGGAUUGCGGGUUUUAAAGCUUCAAUGUACUAAAGUGUUUGACAGUCCUCUAUCUGCCGAGGGCCCCUCAGGGCUCACAGUUGUAUGCUAAGUUGGUAGUGGACGCUCACUCCAGGUGGGGAGGACUAAGGAAGCACCAGAGGGUGCGUCCUUGACUGGUGUAUUGGAGAUGUACAAGCCUGCGUUUGCCGUGGUUACUGCUGAUGGUGGACAGUCCUGUGCCCUAACUCUCUGCCAGGGGACACUCCCAGCCCUACUCCUAGAAAGCCUGACGUUUCACCCUGAGGCCUCCACAGUGCCUCGUCCUAGACUGGACAUAGUCUACGGCCAUACCACCCCGAACACGCCCAUUUCGUCUGAUCUAAACUGGGCAUAAAGUUAGGUGCCAAACUGCAGGCAGCACUGGAGAAGAGAAGAACGUAGUUUUUGGAGCCGGACAUAACCGGAUUGAAGCCCUCAGACACAGGGUUGUGUAGCUUUGGGAAAAUCUCUUUGCCACUUGCUCAUCUUUAAAAUGGGGAUAAAAUUGCCUAUUACAGGAUUAUCGAGUAGGUUAAUGAUCUAUGCGCCUGAUGCACAGUAGGCACUCCCUGAAUGACAACUGUGGCUAUUGCUAAGUAUUUGUGGAAUUAAUGAACUAAAGAGCCGUAGAAUUACAGUUUGACCUUAGAGGUCAUUUUUUCAAAUCCUUCCAUUUCACAGAUUAGAAAACUGAGACUCAUGGGUGGAGUGAUUUGUCCAGAGUUACUGUGCGAGUUACUAGCAAAACCAGGUUUAGAACCUGGCCUCUUGGCUCAUUCCCUCUGAUGAGGGUUUCGUCCGGUAGCCUGGAAGAAAGGUACUGUUCCUGCCUCAUGAGGGCUUUGUGGCUCCACCUUCACGAUAUCUGGAGGGGCCCAACACUAUAGCAGCAUGUCCCCUGUCCCCUCGUUAAUUUAGGGACCAUUCUUUCCCUGCCUCAGAAAACAAGUGCCAGAAGGGACCCUGGGAGGAAGGCUUUUAGAGCUAAUAGGAUUGCUCAGGGAAUGUGACAAACUAGGGGCGCCCUGUAGCUGGAAACUUUGAAAUGGAUUGCUGAAGAGCUAACACAGAAUAGGACUAUGUUGGGGAAAGUUCUAGUGUGUCAUGUUGGUGCCCCCUCCUGGCUGAUAGAGAGCAGCGCUGGCAAUAUGGUUCUUGACUUGGCUUUUUAUCCAUUUAAUCCCAAUGCCCUGACUUCUAAGGCGGAAUCACAAGUGUGCAGUGAUCCUUGAUCUGUUAAGAGAUUCACCUUUCCUUUGAACAACCCAGGUAUUUUACUGGGCUAAAGUCAAGAUUCUCAGACCUUGAGACAGGUCGGAAGAUCCUCCUUGGUUUUUUUCCCUCUUCUAUCUCCUCCUGAUUUUUGACAGUUAAAUUGCAGAUGUUGACUGAAAGCAUUUAUCAAACCUUUCAUUUUCACGCUGAAGAAUUAUGAGGUAAGUCCUGCCUGGCGCUUUCUUUCGGAGGUCUUUACCAAGAGCCAGCGGGUUUAGCAGCAAGCUGUCGUAGUUCAGUUCAUUAAGUAUUGGCUGUUUACAUAGUGUGCCAGGCCCUGAGUCAGAGGCUGGUGGCACAGGGACAAGAAGGACACAGUCUUUGCCCGGGAGGAGAGACUGUAAGGUAGUGAUUAAGAGCCUGAGGAGCUUGGAGUCAGAAAAGACGCGACUCUCCCACUUAUUGGCCAUGUGCGCAUGAUUGAAUGGCAGCCUCCCUGAGCCUCAGUUUCUCAUUUGUCAAAUGAGGAUAACAAUAGCACUCCCCUGGGGUGGUUAUGCAGAUGAAGUCAGAUGUAGUAAGUGCCCAAUAAAUAGUGGCUAAAUUUUAAAAAGUGAGUCACAAUAGAGUAAGUGAGAUGGACAGAAACAGAGUCGGUUGUAGUUCAGUGGGAUGACAAAUGUGUCAGAGGGAAACAUAGGGGCCAUGAGAGCCCAGACAUACUAUUGGCAUGAAGACUAGAACACUCGAGCAGAUCACUGUGUUUUAACUGCCCUCAUGGGUUUCCUUCUCCUGCAGGCAUACUUUUUUGAUGCACCAGAGAUGGACCACCUCCCCACAGCCACAGCUGCUCCAAACCAAACAGUUGCAGCAGCCAAGGCCAGCUAAAA